UGGCUUUAAAGCAUUUGUGAAAUAAAUUUUGGUGUAUGUAAACGUUUUUUAUUUUCUAAUCAACAGAUUUAGCAUCUUUUCAAGAUAAGUGAAAGUCUGAUCUCUGGUUCAUUGAUGCUGCUUAAGGUCAUUCAGGUUAUUCUGUCAGCACACUACCUCUUCCUGUCUGUAAAGGUGCAGUUUGCCGUGGUCUGACUGGAUUGUCCUGAACAGAUGAGCACCGCCAUCCCCAAAAGGCAGAAUGAUGGACGUUUCCUGCACCACAAAGAAUUAGAUGGCCUACAAAUAUGCUAUAGGUUUUCUAAGCACAGGUGACCAAGCAGCCAAGGGCAACUACGGUCUUCUGGAUCAGAUUCAGGCUCUCAGGUGGAUCAAAGAAAACAUCCAUGCCUUCAAAGGGGACCCGAAAAGAGUGACCAUUUUUGGCUCGGGGGCUGGAGCGUCGUGCGUCAGCCUGCUCUGCCUGUCGCAUUACUCAGAAGAUCUGUUCCAGAAAGCCAUCAUCCAGAGUGGGACAGCGCUGUCCAGCUGGGCCGUCAAUUACCAGCCUGCAAAGUACACCCGAUCCCUCGCUGAGAAGGUGGGCUGCAACAUGCUGGACACCAUCGACCUGGUGGAGUGCCUGCAAAAGAAAAACUACAAGGAGCUGAUUGAGCAGUACGUCACGCCUGCAAAGUAUCACAUUGCUUUUGGGCCUGUAAUUGAUGGAGAUGUGAUCCCAGAUGACCCACAGAUUCUCAUGGAGCAAGGGGAGUUCCUAAACUACGACAUUAUGCUGGGGGUCAACCAGGGAGAGGGGUUCAAGUUUGUUGAUGGCAUUGUGGACAGUGAGGAUGGCGUGUCUGCCAACGAUUUUGACUUUGCAGUGUCAGACUUUGUGGAUCAUCUCUAUGGCUACCCAGAGGGAAAGGACACCCUGCGGGAGACCAUCAAAUUCAUGUACACUGACUGGGCAGACAAGGAAAAUCCAGAAACCCGUCGCAAGACCCUCGUGGCACUCUUCACUGACCACCAGUGGGUGGCACCAGCUGUGGCCACGGCCGACCUCCAUGCCCAGUACGGCUCACCCACCUACUUCUAUGCUUUUUACCACCACUGUCAAAGUGACAUGAAGCCCAGCUGGGCGGAUUCCGCCCACGGUGACGAGGUGCCGUAUGUGUUUGGGAUCCCCAUGAUUGGCCCCACGGAUCUUUUUAACUGCAACUUUUCAAAGAAUGAUGUGAUGCUGAGUGCAGUCGUCAUGACCUACUGGACUAAUUUUGCCAAAACAGGGUAAGGAUUAUGUUUUGUUACGUUCUUCUUUUUUGCCCAUUGUCACUGUGAUUUACUAUAAACAACUCUUCAUCAUUGUCAAAAAAGGAAGAAAAAAAAUCCAUUUCCACUACAAGUCACCUUUGUUCUUCGUACACAUGUUACACAUGUGGUACCCUUUACAAUAUCCAGCCUCUGGUUAUAUGUUAUGUUCUUCCAUAUAUAUUUACUACAGGAAAAAUAUGAUUGAAGAGGUUUGCUUGAACUAACUUGAUACUUGGUAGAAAAUCCUGUUUUGAUACUGACAGCUUCAAGACGUCUGCCAUAUCAAAAAACUAGCUGCAUUGAUUCAGUCAGGUGCAAUUUUGAGUUAUUCUUCCACACAAACUGUCUUCAAAUUUAAAGACUCUGGAGAGGCCUCUUGUUCUACCUCUGCUCUUCAGAUUUUUGAUACGGUUUCAAUUGGAUUCAUAUCAGCUGAUUGACUGUGUUGCUCUGGUAUCUUCAUUUUGUCUUUCUGAAACCAACUGACUGUUUGGGAUCAUUUUCUUGCUGAAAUACCCACUCCCAUUUCAUUUUCGGAUUCUCAUCGAGAAUGUCCAGGUACAUUUCUCUGUCCAUUUUUGCGAUCAAUAAAACAAAAUCUUCCAGCAGGAUAUGCUAAAAAAAAAAAAGCAGAUCACCAUGGUGAUUGAGAAAAUGGGUCAUACAAUAAAUAGUUUAAUAGGGGAUCAUUUCAAUAAAAAUGUGAACAAAUAAAGAAAAAAAAAUAAAGUAUGUUAUAUGAUAAAGUAAAUUCUUGACAGUAAAAAUAAAAUAUGUUUAUUAUUGCUUUAUUUAAUCAUAAUAUAUAUUUAGCUAAUUCAAUGUAUCUGUUUUUUACAUUUUGUAUUAAUAUAUGAUAUAUUAUUAUUU